AUGGCCGAAGACUCGACGCAAUUUCCUGUCCUCCAAAAGGUCGAGACGGCCCCCGACGAGCUGGUCUCGCCGCAUACACAGCCCCUGAGACUCAAGACCACCAUCAGUCCCACCCCAGGCCUGGCACAUCGCACGAACACGGCCUCGUCUGACCCCGAAACUCCCUUCUCCCCCGUCCGCCGACGCGCCGAUUCUCGCGCCAACACAUUCCGAGCGGUCGACGAUUACGACGAUAUUGCCUUCGACUUCGAGUCGCACCGCCCAGGCUGGCAGCCCGGCUCUGAGCCCGGCUACGACCCUUCGAAGCCGGACGGAGGACACGCCUCGGUCCCCGCCCUGCACGCCGAGUGCGAGAUCACCGUGGCCGACUUUGACGAGGGCCGUGUCGAGAGCCGAUCCUUUGGCAACGAGGACUUUAUCGAGUACCUGCAGAGGCCGCAGCCCACCUGGAGCAAGUGUCGCUGGAUCAACAUCAAUGGCCUCAGUUGGGACGUCAUCCAGGCGUGCGGUCAGCACAAGGGCCUGCACAAGCUGGCUAUUGAGGAUAUCAUGAACACGCGCAACCGUACCAAGACGGACUGGUACCCGAACCACGCCUUUAUCCUGCUGACGCUGCAGAAGCUCGUCCGGCUCGUAGAUCCUGACAGCGACAGCGACAGCGAUUCCGACUCGGACAGGAGCAGCGUUCUUACGAAAAAGUCGGCAAGGGGCUUCAUGCGGGCGAAGAGGUGGCUUAGCGGCAGCGGCCCGGAUGCCGGUGCCAUGAAGGACUCUGCAGCCAAGACGGACCCGGAGAGGGCUGCCGUGCCAUCGAAGACUGCGCACAUGUCUCGCCGCGACCGUGUCAAGGCCAAGCUCGGGUUCAGCGUCGAAGACCCCGACCUGACACCAGACGAUAGCAUUCUCGUCCGUACGCUGCAGCGUUACCAUGCCUCGCCGAACGAGGCUCGUACCGAUUACAUGGAGAAGCACUCGUCGCUCAACUCGCGCGACCUUGCCGUUAGUGCCGAGCAGGUCUCGAUUUUCCUCACCUCAGACAACACCGUCAUCUCGUUCUUCGAGGUGUCGGCUCGCGACAUCGAACGGCCGAUUGCGCUGCGUCUGUCGACUCCCGGCACUAUCCUGCGGCAGUCGUGUGACGCGUCGCUCCUCGUCCAGGCCAUCAUUGAUGCCAUUAUCGAUCUGGCUCUUCCUCUGACGGCUGUCUACCAAGAUGUCAUUGGGGAUCUCGAGCUCGACGUUCUGACAUCGCCUAACAUCAAGCAGAGCAGACAGCUGUACAUCUGCAUUUCCGAGAUCAACAAGAUGCUCACGUUUCUGAACCCGAUCGACAAUGUGGUCAACGUCUUGCGCGAUCACGCGACCGACCUGCGUCCCGACAUGGCAGCGCGCGAGCUCCAUAACCCGGCCUCGGGCGUCAUCGUCACGCCUCUCACGCACACGUACCUCGGCGACGUCCUCGAUCACUGCGUCAUCAUCACGGAAGCCAUGGAACAGAUCAAGCGCAGCGCCGACAACCUCAUUGACCUCAUCUUCAACACCAUCUCGGCGAACCAGAACGAGAGCAUGAAGCAGCUGACUGUCAUUACCAUCAUCUUCCUGCCGUUGACCUUCAUCACGGGCUAUUUCGGCCAGAACUUUGAGCCGUUCCCGCAGCUCGCCUAUGGCAUUCCUUACUUUUGGAAGAUUGCGGCGCCCGUCGUCUGCAUCACCGUGACGGUCAUGAUGCAGGGCUGGAUCCGGCAGUGGAUCACCAAGAUCUUGGCGAGGAGACAGAUCGUCGCGGCUAGGAAGCGGGGCCAGAGGAAGAGGAGAAAGCAGGCAUAG